AUGGCUACUAAAAGCGUUGAAAAUCCUCACGAAGAACAACAAAAAACAUUAUUAAACAGAAUUGUCUCUAAUGUAAAAAAACUAAACGAUGUUCUAGAAGAAAUGAAUGGUCGAAUUCAGGAAAUAAAUGAGUACAACCGUGAUAUUGUGAUCCUUUCGCAAUUCUGGACAAAUUACAAUAGAAACGCGACUUUUAACCUAAUGAUCCUGGCAAAUAAUGAAAAAAUUGACUAUAGUGAUUGA